AUGGCUUUUGUGCGCCAAGCUUUUCGAUUUAACAAAGGCGGUUCAGGCGUUGCCCCGUUUGUUUCUGCCUUUGGUCUCACACGCUCAGAAACGCUUAUACAAAGCAACAGCUGGAUUCAUCCAUUUGAUGUUUUCAAAUUUAUAGACAGCGCGAUACGCAAUGUGUCUGAUCUUUGA